GGAUCGCGCUGCGAAAUGCUGUCUCAUGUGCAUUCCAAAUGGUGUGGCUUUGUUAGUAGGAGGUUACCCCGUGGGCUUUCCACCCGGGGAAAAGGCCGGGAUCCCGUCGCGGAUCGGGCCUCCAAACCAGUCCUUACCCUCGUUGCGCCGCCCGUGGCGCGCGCCACGCAAAACCCCUCCGACCGCCGCCGCCGCCGCCGCCAUCCACCACGCCAACCCCUCCCGCCCUCCAAGCGCCCGGUCGCGAAACCCUGCUCCCACGCCAGCGCCAUGGGGCGACCGAAGGGCGGCGUGGCCUCCUCCUCCUCCUCGAAGAAGCCGAAGCCGAAGCCGAAGCAGCGCGGCGGCGUCGACUUCAAGAAGUACAAGCACAAGGUCGGGCGCAAGCUGCCGCCGCCGAAGAAUGCUACCAACACGGAGAUCAAGUCCAAAGCGAUCGUGCUGCCGGAGCAGAGCAUGGCCUCGGAGAGGGCGGGGAUGGCAGUGAACAAGCGCGGGCUCACGCUGCGGGAGCUCCUGCAGCAGACGGCGCACUACAACGCCAAUGUGCGGCGAGCUGCAUUGAAUGGAAUAAAGGACAUUGUUGUCAAGCAUCCAACAGAGCUUAAACUGCACAAGGUGGCUAUAAUUGAGAAGCUGCAGGAAAGGAUAUGCGACACUGACAAGGUGGUCCAUGAAUCGUUAUACAAUAUACUGCAGUCUCUGAUCUUCCCAUCUUUGAAAGAGGAUAAUGCUAUAUCUACGCGGAGUACACUGUUUCUACUGAUGGCCAAUAUUCUGAAUGGAAUGACCCAUCUAUCUAUGGGCAUCCAGUUAAUGGCUUUCAGGUUUUUGGAGCUUGUGGUUCUUAAUUUCCCAUCAUCCUUUCCUAACUAUGCUGAACAGGCCUUCAAUAAUUUUGUUGCUGUACUGAGCAACGACAGAAUCAACAUACAUGAUAGGAAUAAACUUAACAGUGUCCUUAGUGGGCUUGGGCACUGCCUUUCCUUGGUUGCUAAAGCAACAGAAAAUGAUGAUACAUCAAAUCGACAGGUUCAUAACCUCUCUGCGAGGGAACUUUGGAAAUCUAACACUGAUGAAGAUAACUCAAGAGGCAGAGCAUUUGCGACGUCCAGUUUAUUAGGGAAGCUUCAGAACCUUGUCCAAAUCCUUGUUAAUUCUAUAGAGGUUUCAGCUUCAGAGCUCUGUGCAAAGUCAGCUAUUGAUGCUCAAUCAAGUGAAGCAUUGUUAUCAGCCCUUCAUUGUCUGGAUCUAAUAUGUAGGAUAUUUAUUCAUGUGGUGAAGAAAUCUCAGUCGAAUUUUUCGAUAUCCAAAACUCAGUUCGGGCCUGACUGGUUGAGAAGUUCCUUGUUGGUACAUCUAAAGAAUUUAUGGGGUGUGAAGCGUUUGUUUCAUGAAAAGGGAGAUGACAAAUUUUUCAUUUUCAACCUGAAGAUUGCUGAAAUCUUUUUGUGCUUGAGUGCAUGGAUAGAUAGCACAAUGUUUCCAGCUGAAGAAUUUUGUCAGUUUGUAUCGUCGCUACUCGCAAAGGCAAAAACAAUUCGCAAUAAGGAUCUCAUGGAAAUGUAUUUGAGCCCACUUAUAACUUGCAUACCAGGUCUUAUAUCCAAUGCCCCAGAUGACUCAAAAGGAUAUUUGUUGGAGGCAUUUACAGAUGCAUUUAGAGAUUGCAAGGUGGAUUGGAAACUAAUCUUGCCAUAUUUGGAUGCAGUGGGAGAAAUGCUGCUUCCUGAGAAAACAGGCAUAUGGUUUUCUGAAAAUGAUUCGGCCAUGUUGGGCUAUCGUAGCGCUUGGAUACAUGAGCUACCUGGAAUUUUACUACAAGCAAUUGAUAAAGCCCCCUCGGUUACAAAGGUUGUUUUGGAGCUUCUUCUAAGAAUUGGACAGUACUUCCCCACAAUGGACUGUGGAAACCUGCGCUCCUUCAUAAAGUUAUUUGGUGCCAAAUCAUCAUCUGGAACGAUGGAGCUUGGUCCUUUUGUUAACCUUCCUCGCGAUUGCCAAGAACUUGCCAUUUCAUGCCUUUAUUACUUCCCCAGUCUGCUCCCUGACAUAAUCGGGCCACUGGCCUCAUGUUGCUUAAGUGAUGUGCUGGAACCCUUCAUAUUGUUCAGGGUUGUUGAGGUCCUACAGUCAAUAUACAAGGCUGGGAAUUUACAGAUAACAGAGCAACUCAGUUUCUUGUUGCUGCUAAUGGCAAGAUUCGAAGUUCAUCCUGAGGAUUCCAGUAAGGUCUCAAAUUGGGAUACUUUCAAGUCGCUGAAUCACCUACUUUUAAAUUCCCUGUCUGAAAUGGGUGAUGGCUCACUGGUUCUUGAAUUGAUGUGGAAUAAUUUAUCUAACGCAAUUGCACAAAAACCAUCAAUGCAUAAUAUAAAUGGCUUGUUUAGAAUUAUUGUCACACUUGAUGCAGGAACUACUAAACUCAUGAAUGAAGAUGUUAUAAAGCUUAUAGCUGGAUACUUGGUCGAUGCUUCUUUGGAUUUGUCUAAAACCAUUGAAUUUGGUUUUCAACCUGAUAAGACAAGAUUAUUUCAGUACUUUAUCAAGCCUUGCAUCAUCAUGUUUGACAAGAAUGACAAGGUUCUUUGCAGCACAUUGGAGAUGCUUAAGUCUUUUGUAACAGGAGAUUAUAAUCUGUUUUCAUCUCUCUCCAAUUUAAAUUACCCAAGGGAGCUCUCAUGUCGAGUUGGUGUUGUCACAACCAUACUGAUCUUCUUAUGCAAUGACCGGAAACUCCAUAGAAAUCUUUCUUCUAGCAAAUCGGUUAUUAAAGGCAUCCUGGAAUAUAUAAGGCAUCAGUUGGAUUCUAGAGUACCUGAUGUAACAUAUCAAGAAAAACAGAAGUUAAAAUCUGCUUUUGAGCAACUCAAGACCAAAGCAUUGCGGUUGAAUUGCUGGACUAGAAGUGAACUGGAGGGGCUUUCAAGCACCACAUAAUGUCAUGCAAUGACGUAUGAUUGUUUCUCGCACAUAAUUGAAGGAGAUGGAAAGAGUUCCCUGGGAGAGGGUUGGGGUGGAGGUGUAAUGCCAUUUUCCAACUUGCGUCACACUUCCAGAGUUCCAGUAUAUAUCUGUGCGGCGUAGCUGUUACCAACAGGUUGCAAAGGUGGGAAUACUGUGGCUAGGGAAGAUAUUAUGGAUGCAAUCAUGCAAUUGAGAGGGAGAAAUAUGGGGUCAAUGGUAGACAAGAAAAUGAUGAUUCUGGAAGGCAAGGCCUCACUAAAUUAUUUCCAUGGCUACCUAAACCUGGAAAUAAAUCAUCAGGCCCUGAUGAUUUCCGAGGACUGAUGGGUUAUCAUACCUUAAGCUAACUCGAGCCUUUUCAAGGCGUUGCACUGGUCCCUUCCCUCACCAAGAUAUUACAUCUUAAUUCUAACCGAGAAAGAAUAUAAACUGCAACUAAAAUGGUACGGAAUCUUUCCAAGUACCUGGAAAACUGUUGUCCAUAGUUGUAUAGCAGCAAAUGCAUCUCCACAGUAUCUGCGAAGGAUGUUGCACUCAGUGACUUUAGGUACUUUCAGAAGAAAGCUGUUACAAAUUACAAGAGGAAAGCUUGUGAAAUACAGAGUUCCGAGAUUAUUCCUGCCAUAGAUCAGUCUUGUGAUCCAUAAUUUUUACAGAAACAUCACUCUGGUUUUGUCACAUAGUCUGCAUUGUUAAUAGAAUAAGAUAGUUUCAAGCUAGUGCCGCUCCUGCUGCUGUACACAAAUCAGCCAUUCAUCGUAUUCUUACUAACUAGAAGUCUGGAAGUUCUGCUGGGGUUGGAUCUGCAACGAUAUGCAAGUUCACACAAGUGCACCACUGGAGUUGGAUCUGCAACGAUUUGCAAGAAAUACUCAGCUCAGCAUCAUAUUUCACAGUUCACAUUGUGUGACAAUUUUUUCAUGUUAACUUGAACUACUGGUAUUCUGUAUA